UUGCAUACCUAUAUAUUUCACAAGUGAAGUGCCCUUUUUGGACGACAUGAUACAGAUCGUCAUCGUCUCAGAUGGUGGCACUCAACUCUAAACAGUUGGACAAAAAUGGCCAUGAGAUUGCACAGUACUUUGGUUAUUAUAAUUCUUGUUUGUCACGCAAUUCCAUCAGUGCUGGCUUCUUGGGGGAAUGUUUUAUAUGAGUACUUAAGAUGUUUUCAUGACUGUAGAAGAAAAUGUGAUGAUGUUAUAUACCCUGGCAAGCUUCCUUUAUCUUUGAGGAUAUUUGGUUGGACUUGUUUAGAUGAGUGCAAGUAUACUUGCAUGCAUGAGAUUACAGCUAAUGAUGUCGCAAAUGAUAGGCCAAUAAAGCAGUUUUAUGGAAAGUGGCCAUUUGUUAGAUUCUUGGGUGUUCAAGAACCUGCUUCCACAUUGUUCUCCAUUCUCAAUGGCUUGGGACACAUUCUUGGUUGGCGGGCAUAUAGAUCAGUUAUACCUCAGAAUUACAAGAUGUACAAUGUUUGGAAAUGCUACAUGUUGGUCAAUGUGAAUGCCUGGAUUUGGUCAACAAUUUUUCAUACAAGAGAUUUGAAUUUCACAGAAAAAAUGGACUAUUUUUGUGCCACGUCUUUAGUACUGUCAUCAAUAUUUUGUUUCUUUGUAAGGGCUGUUGGUCCUGAAAGCCGAUGGAAGUGUAGUGUAUUUGGAGUCAUUGUGCUGAUAAUGUUUUGCUGUCAUGUUGGUUAUCUUGGUUUUAUCAAGUUUGAUUAUGGUUACAACAUAAAAGCCAAUGUUACUAUAGGAAUAAUUAACAUGGUAGGAUGGUUAUCUUGGUGUUUGAAGAAUUAUAACAAGCAGAAAUAUGUCUGGAAAUGCAUUUUUAUUACCAUCACUGUCUUCCUACUGCUUGGUCUUGAGGUAUUUGAUUUCCCACCGAUUUGGUGGACAUUUGAUGCUCAUUCACUGUGGCAUCUAGGCACUGUGCCUUUGGGGUAUUUUUGGUACAGAUUUCUGAUAGAUGAUUCCAAGUACCAUAUACAGCAAGAUGUAAACAAAAGGCAAUAACAAUAGGAAUAUUCUAAUAAUAUUUAAUAUUAUUAAUAAUUGAAUGUAUAUUUUCACUAAACUAGGCUUAUAUAUGUAGUUAGUUUUUCAUGUCAGAUAGAAUAUUGUACAUUGUUAGAGUUAAGUUAGCUUACUUCAUUUUGUGCUUUUUGGUCGACAGGGGCCAUUUCUAGGUCAAAGUCAUUGUUAUAUUGAGGAAGACAGGAGGCCAGUAGUAGACAGAGAGGAAUUAGGAAGAGCUUGAGAAAGAGGCCAUGCAAAAUGCAUCUGAAAUUUGUAUUUUUAAUUUUUUUUAAUUGUUACGAAAUAGGACUAUUUAAUAUCAAAGCAAUAAAUUGCUGGGCACAGUAUAUUCCAAAUAUUUAUAAAGGCAUGUUUCUAGUUAUUUGUUGUGAUAGUCCCAUCACGAAAAAAUAUGGGCCUUUUUGUGUGUACCAGAAUAUUGUGUAUUCUGGUUAACUUUUCUUUGUUCUUUCGUAUUAGCAUUGCAUUGUAUAUUGUUCACUGUUGGUUGCACAUUAAAAAAACAUUGUUGUAGUA